GAAGAUUUCUGGGACUGUUUUUUGAUUGCAUGGAUCGCCAUUGAAUAGUUGAACACAAGUUGUUCAGCGAUCUGAGCUCUGCUUACGCAUGAGUUUCUUGCACCAACAUAGUCAAGAUUUGAACCCAGUCGUGCACCACCCCCGACACCUCGUCGUGCACUGGAAAACCUCCACGUGAUUAGCAUAACAAGGGCUUACCAACAUAUAACUAGUCCGUCCACCGCCCAGUUGCUGCCCAGUUGGCAGGUCAAUGAUCGUGGUGCUGCUGGGACAUUGGGUCUUUCUGAAGGAGGUCAGCGUGACCCAAACCAUCCCCAAGAUGGACCACCUCGCUUGUUUCCUGCCUGGGACAUUGGCGCUGGACGUUUUCCACUAUGCCACGGAGCACUUUGGGCCACGGGCAGUGCAGCCUCAUUUGUUGGAAAAGGGCCGGGCUUCCGAACUCACUUUGGCGCACAAGCUCAUGCAAUCCUGCGUGCACAUGUACUUCCGGACCUCUUCAGACCUUGCGCCAGAGAUCGUCCGCUUCAAUGCGCGUGGUUUGCUGGAUGACCAGGGCUCCACGCACAACAUUUUGCGACCCGAAACUGUGGAAAGCCUUUAUAUGAUGUGGCGGACGACCAAGCUGCAGAUCUACAGGAAUUGGGGCCAAAGACUGCUGUCUGCAUUCUACCGCUUGAAGACCCCGUACGGCUUUGGUGGCCUUCGCAAUGUGAACCGGCCUAGCUCCAAGCGCGAUGACAUGCCAUCCUUCUUUAUGGCUGAAACUCUCAAGUAUUUGUUCUUGUUGUUCUCCUCAGAUUCUGCACUUCCUUUGGAUCACUUUGUGCUCAAUACAGAGGCCCAUCCGGUGCCGGUGCUGCACACUUUGCUGGCCUUGGGAGUCAAGUGGCCCUGCCCUCGCGGCACCCCGCCAAGCGGGGGUCCCAGGACGGAGCCGUCCGAAGAGCUGCUCACAGCUUUGCAGGUUCUCUCUCAGCUUUUGGAUGAUGGACAAAAAGGGCGUUCCAGAGUCUAG